AUGCGUUUGCCUUCACCUCUAUCGGUGCCUCAAUACGAGGAAAUGACCCAAUACGCCAGGAUCUACGAGUCGGUCACGGUGGAAUUUACAACUAUCGCAUACAAGGUGCGCUUUGCCAUCGAAUCGGUUCGCUCGCUGUGCUUCCAGGACGUCCACCAUGCUACGCACAGCUGUACUUUUAUGAUUCAAGCUCGGAGGGUCAAGAUGUUUAAGCAUGCGUACGAACGGAUGUCUGUUAGAGAUGAUCUGCGGCUUUGCAUCCACUCGCGUAUACCAGGCAUCGAUCAACGGCGUUACAAUGCACCGACUGCAGAUGAAGUUGGUGGCGUGUUCGUGUGCGAUGAUACUACCGGAGCCACGGAACAUACACGCAAUAUUGUGCUGCAGCAUCGUGCCACAGGAUACUUGCAGCCUGUGUUUGAUACCAACCAGUUGGCAGAUGCACUCCAAUACCCAAUUCUGUUUCCGCGGGGUGAAACCGGUUGGACUUACGGUAUGCCAAAGCAGUACUGUGUAGACCAGUACUGUAAGAUCGAGAUGCAGCGGUUGAAAUAUUUGCGAGAGCACCAGGCACAACUUUGCACUGAGGCGUACACGGGCUUUUUGGAUCUUGCCAGCGCUGAAGGUACCAUCGCGGAUCUUCAUCCCGAUUAUUUGCCUAAUGUGGCUGUGGAAAUCCCUGUAGUGCAAGAACCACCUGUUGCACCCCGUCGUUCCAUCAUCGAUCCGCCCUCGAACCUGUCGCGUACGGGCACGCGUGUUAUUCUCGGACCAUCAUUUGUCGGUAGCAAUCGAUAUAUGCGAGCGCAAUAUCAAGAUACAAUGGCUAUUGUUCGAGCUUUGGGUAAACCGGACCUGUUUAUCACCGUCACGUGCAAUCCAAAAUGGCCGGAAAUCACACAGUGCCUACUUCCACGUCAGCAGGCCCCGGAUCGUCCCGAUGUUAUCGUACGUGUCUUUCGGUUAAAGCUGAAAGCCAUACUGAAUCACCUAACUAUGGGAGCUCUCGGGAUUGAGGUAGCUCGCAUUCACGUGAUCGAGUUCCAAAAACGUGGCCUUCCCCAUGCACACAUACUCGUGAUUAUCGCCGAGGAAGACAAACCGCAGACCCAGGCAGACUACGACAAGUUCGUGUCUGCCGAACUUCAUAAUCCUGCAACGUCGUCGCAACUGUUCGAGACGGUACAGAGCUGUAUGAUGCAUGGACCGUGUGGGGCUGCCAAUCCUGCCGCACCUUGCAUGAAGGAUGGUACAUGCGAAAAAGGGUUCCCAAAGUCAUUCUGCGAACAGACGCGCAGCAUGGAUAAUGGCUAUCCACAGUACCGUCGUCGUAACAAUGGGCGCAGUGUGACGGUGAAAGGAAUCAAGCUGGACAACCGGUACGUCGUGCCCUACAACCCAUGGUUCACGCAUAAGUACAAUUGCCACAUCAACAUUGAGGUGUGUACUUCGAUCAGCAGCGUGAAAUAUUUGUACAAAUACGUGUACAAGGGGCACGACCGUCUGAGCGUUACCCUGGCGGUAGGCAACGAUGAAAUUCAGCAGCAUAUCGAUGCACGCUACCUUUCACCGACGGACAGCUGCUGGCGAAUAAUGCGCUUUGAGUUGCAAGCAAAAACGCACACCGUUGUUACACUGCCUAUCCAUCUGGAAAAUCAACAGAACGUGUUUUUCCGGACACGAUUCUUCCAGCUGGCGGCACAUGACAACUUUGCCAGAGCGCUGCUGUACAACGAUGUCCCGACGUACUACCGGUACGCGAAACCAACUGCGAACCAGCGACUACCGUGGCAGGAACCGGGAACAAAGCACUGGAUCCGUCGCAUACGUACCGGGCACAAGAAAGUGACCGGCCGAAUGGUGUCCUGUAGCAUGCAGCUUAUGGAACGCUGCUGCUUGCGGUUGCUUCUUUGCUACCGCAAGGGUCCAACAUCGUACGAGGAUCUGCGUACUGUUAACGGUUCGGUGUGCGAAACGUUUCAGCAGGCUGCCAUCAACGAAGGGCUGCUUGAGGAUGAUUCCGAGUGGGAUCGUGCUCUAGAAGAAGCGGCCACUUAUCGUAUGCCCGCCCAGUUGCGCCAUUUCUUCGCACUCAUCCUUUCGUCUGGGAUGCCACAAAACCCGCGCACCCUGUGGGAAAGCUAUGCGAGUGAAAUGAGUGAAGAUUUUCAUUACCACAAUCGCGACCGGUACACGACGGAGGAAUCCGACCUGAAUAAGCUGCUACGUGAUGUUGAACACUUCCGGGGGCUGAGUGACAUCGAUCGCUACCUGCGCGGUACGACGCCAUCGAGGGAUUUGACCAGUUUCCCAGGAAUGCCUCAGCUUUCGGAGUAUGAACACGUUCAGGCACACAUCAUGGACGAUGAUGAUGUGAACGAGUUCAUUAUCGCUGAACGAUCGUAUCUGAUCACGGAUCUCGAUGUUACCCUUGCCACCGUACAUCAGCUCAACGACGAACAACGCAUGGUGUACGAAACGGUCACGGUGGCAAUCGAUCGUCAAUUAGCGACGGCAAGCCAAGCGAACGCUGGUGACAAACGGUUAUUCUUCCUGGAUGGCCCUGGUGGAACGGGUAAAUCUUUUUUGGUAGAAAAGAUACUGGCACACCUCCGUCGCUGCGGAGGAAUUGCGCUCGCAACUGCAGCAAGCGGCAUAGCAGCACUGUUGCUUACAGGAGGGAAAACAGUACACUCCACGUUUAAGUUGCCGCUGGACUUAAACAAUCAUUCCACCUGUAGCAUUUUGGUUCAGUCGAAACGGGCCGAAAUGCUUCGACAAACAGCACUGAUCGUUUGGGAUGAGGCGUCGAUGAGCAGUCGGUUUGCUCUCGAAGCAAUCGAUCGGACCCUGCAGGACAUAACGGGUGUGCAGCUUCCUUUCGGCGGUAAGGUGGUGCUGCUGUCCGGUGACUUUCGACAAAUUUUACCGAUCGUACCGAAGGGCACGGAUGCACAAAUCAUCAACGAGUGCAUCAAGAAGAGCACAUUAUGGCCCCUGUUUAGGUCGCUACAAUUGCGCGAUAACAUGCGGGUACGCACGGCACGAGAUUUUGCCAACCUUCUGCUUCGUAUCGGUGAAGGACGGCACGAUACGUUUGCAGGACUGGAUCCAUCGUUGGCAAAAAUACCGCACGAUAUGAUUGUGCCCCAUACUGCGAAUCCGACAAACGACCUUAACACCCUGAUCGACAAAAUCUACCCGGACAUGCAACGGCACUUCCAACAUCCGUCAUUCUUUUCGGAUCGGGCUAUUCUGUCGCCGCUUAACGUGGAUGUUGCCAGCGUGAACAACCUGGUCCUAGACCGAAUUCCUGGACCGGAACAGGAGUACCGUUCGGUCGAUACAUUGGUCAACCCGGAGGAACACGAGCAUCUGCAACUUCCUUCCGAAUACUUGAACACACUCAAUGUCAGCGUCAUCCCAGUGCAUCGCUUGCGGCUGAAACAAUUUGCACCAGUACUUUUAUUGCGCAAUCUUAAUUCCGACAUGGGAUUGUGCAACGGUACGCGUUUGCAAAUUGUAGGCCUAAAGCGAAACUGUUUACACGCUAAAAUUCUGACAGGCACGCGGAGAGGCGAAGACGUCCUGCUUCCACGGAUCUUCUGUGACAGCAACGAUAAGGGUCACCCGUUCCAGAUCCGCCGUAAACAGUUUCCGGUGCAAGUGUGCUUUGCGAUGACCAUCAACAAGUCGCAAGAGCAAUCGCUUCACCAUUUGGGCCUAUAUCUGCCGCAAGAUGUUUUCGCCCAUGGCCAGCUAUACGUUGCACUCUCGCGGGUGACAUCACGAGCGAACAUUGCUGUGCUGAUACCGAACCCGAAACGCGCUGACGAGGAAGGUGUCUCCACAAGCAACAUCGUCUACCGAGAGGUCGUUGACAGUUGA